ACAGCCCCCGGCCACAAACACACCUCCCCCGUGUAGCCUCCACGACCCGCAGCAUACAGCGAGCCCCGCACCUGAGUACCCGACAUCUCGACCCUUCCCUUCCCUUCCCUUCCUUCGUCAUUCGCGCGCGCACGCACGCACGCACGCACGCUUGUUCCUCCCGCUGCUGGGCUAGCUAGAUCCCCAAAGCGGACGAGUUGGCCCGGAAGCUUCGUCCGGAAGCAUCGGCCUGUGGCGGCAGAGAGAGGAGCCGCUGCGCCCGGUGCGGCGGUCGCUUGAGGCCGCCGCGCGGAGGGCGGGCUGGGCGGGCGACGUGGCGACCGGGGUUAGCUUGCUGCUCGCCCGAGGCAUACUGUGUUGCCCUUAAAUAACGUGUUUGAGAUUGUGGGAGAUAAACUCAUGGAUGCUCCUUCCAAGGCAUACUGUUAGUCGAGGUGUAGGAAGUGUUAAGGGGAUACAUAAUCAGUUUUGAGCUGUGAGGCCCUGCAUUUGUGCUGCCUGCUGUUUGAUUCACAGCUCACUCUUUUCCUCCUACUCAUUCAAGCAAAGUACUGGAAUUUGUAAGCUCAGUUUAUUCAGGUCAUGGGAAUUGUUUGUCCUUAGCAGAGUUGAAGAUAAAGAGAGGAAGGCUAAACUCCGCUGACUCAGUUCAUGUGUGCAAUGAGCCAACUGCAAUAGAGGUUUUCAGUAGAUUAACACCAAUUGGGUCAAAGAAAAUAGAGAGGUUUAGGGGGAGGUAUGAGAUACUACUCGCGUCAAGUCCAGCGUUUGGCUGGAGACACAGAAGGAGGAGCACUGUUGUUUGUAGACGCCCUCAACUCCAAGUAACAAAGCGACCAGUUGUCAACACUUCCUUUUAUUUUUGUAUUUUCCCUGGAAUUGGAGAUGGAGAUAAAUUCUUCGGGUGAGGAAACGGUGAUAAAGGUACGAAAGCCGUACACAAUAACAAAGCAGCGGGAGCGGUGGACCGAGGCAGAGCACAAACGGUUCCUUGAAGCCCUCAAACUGUAUGGCAGAGCUUGGCAGCGCAUAGAAGAGCAUGUCGGGACAAAGACGGCCGUGCAAAUCAGAAGCCAUGCUCAGAAGUUCUUCACCAAGUUGGAAAAGGAAGCUAUCAAUAAUGGUACUUCUCCGGGACAAGCUCAUGAUAUAGACAUACCUCCACCACGGCCUAAAAGAAAACCUAACUGUCCAUAUCCUCGAAAAGGUUGUCUCAGUUCUGAAACACCCACCAGAGAAGUUCCAAAAUCAAGUGUAAGCUUGAGCAAUAGCAAUGCAGAAAUGGCGAGCAAUGGAACUCUUCAGCUCACCUGCAUUCGGAAACUUCAAAGGAAGGAGUUGUCUGAAAACGGCAGUUGCUCAGAAGUUAUUAAUAUCUUUCGAGAAGCACCAUCUGCCUCAUUUUCUUCCUCUAAUAAGAGCUCUUCAAAUCAUGGUGUCUCUGGGGGAAUUGAACCGACUAAAACAGAAAACAAAGAUAUUGCAACCAUGGAAAGGAAAUCUACUUCCAUUGAUGUGGGGAAGGAUGUAAAAGAUAUUAAUGACCAGGAAAUGGAGAGGAACAACAGAGUCCACAUCAGUUCUAAUUAUGACGGUUCUCAUGAAGAUUGUUUGGAUAACUCAAUGAAACACAUGCAAUUGAAGCCAAAUACUGUGGAGACAACAUACACGGGUCAACAUGCUGCAAGUGCCCCACUCUACCAAAUGAAUAAGACUGGGGCAACUGGCGCUCCAGACCCUGGAACUGAAGGAAGUCAUCCUGAUCAAACAAGUGAUCGAGUGGGAGGAGCUAAUGGAAGCAUGGACUGCAUCCAUCCAACACUUCCGGUGGAUCCAAAAAUUGGCAGCAGCUCCACAGCACAGUCCUUUCCCCACAACUAUGCAGGCUUUGCACCAACGAUGCAAUGCCAUUGCAACCAAGAUGCCUACAGGUCUUCUCUUAAUAUGUCAUCCACCUUCUCUAACAUGCUCGUUUCCACGUUGUUAUCAAACCCCACAGUACAUGCAGCCGCAAGGCUUGCAGCAUCAUACUGGCCAGCAGCAGACAGCAACAUUCCUGUUGGUCCAAAUCAAGAAGUUUUUGCUGAGAAUGCUCAAGGAAGACAUAUUGGUUCUCCUCCAAGCAUGGCUUCUGUGGUAGCAGCUACAGUUGCUGCGGCUUCGGCAUGGUGGGCAACACAAGGUCUUCUCCCUCUUUUUGCUCCCCCCAUGGCUUUUCCAUUUGUCCCAGUUCCUACUGCUUCCUUUCCCACAACGGAUGUUCAGCGAGCUACAGAGAACUGCCCAGUGGACAACGCACCGAAGGAAUGCCAAGUAGCUCAGGAGCAAGGUCAACCUGAAGCUAUGAUAGUUGUAGCGUCUUCUGGAUCCGACAAGAGUGGAAAAGGAGAGGUGUCUCCCCACACCGAGUUAAAUAUAUCUCCAGCUGAUAAAGUUGAGACAACACCUCCCACAGGAGCUGAAACAAGUGAUGCUUUCGGCAACAAGAAGAAGCAGGAUCGCUCUUCAUGUGGUUCCAACACGCCAUCAAGUAGUGAUGUAGAGGCAGAACAUGUUCCUGAGAACCAAGAUCAAGCCAACGACAAGACACAGCAAGCAUGUUGCAGUAAUUCUUCAGCUGGUGACAUGAACCACCGCAGGUUUAGGAACAUUUCAAGCACAAAUGAUUCAUGGAAGGAAGUUUCCGAAGAGGGUCGUAUGGCUUUCGAUAAACUGUUCAGUAGAGGAAAGCUUCCCCAAAGCUUUUCUCCUCCACAAGCAGAAGGAUUGAAGGUGGUACCCAGGGGGGAACAAGACGAAGCUACUACGGUGACGGUCGACCUCAACAAGAGUGCUGCAGUUAUGGACCAUGAACUUGAUACAUUGGUUGGGCCAAGAGCUACCUUUCCCAUUGAAUUGUCACACCUGAAUAUGAAAUCCCGCCGGACAGGCUUCAAACCUUACAAGAGGUGCUCGGUGGAAGCAAAGGAGAAUAGGGUGCCGGCUGCUGACGAGGUUGGUACCAAGAGGAUUCGCCUUGACAGCGAACCCUCCACGUGAUUUACUUGCCACGACAUGAUUACCAGCCUUCCCGAAUAGUGUAUUUUCAAGAAAUUGCAGUAUUUACAUCUAAGCUACUACUAUAGGACUUCUCAGUCCUUGCAAUGCAGUGUUUCACAGAACUCAAUUUGUUAUGUGUUGUAUGUUAAUGCUUGCCGAGCAGCCCUUCUAGACUGUCAAUUAAGCAUUAAGCACCUAUGCAUGCUACUUUAUUGGUAAAAGGCAUUAUGCUUAUUUUUGUGUGGUGAAGGAUAAUACUUGUAAUUUUGGUUCA